CAUGUUCCCUCCAUCCCCAGCCCUAACUCCUCCUUCCCUCCCAUCCCAAGCUCGCUCGCUCUCUCUCUUGUUUCUCUCUCUCUCUCUUCUGUGCGCAUGCAAGCUCCGUCGAGAGGGGAAAUCAGCGGCGGCCAUCGUGGAAAAAUGGGCAAGUACAUGAAGAAAUCGAAGGCAGUCACGCGCGACGUCUCGCCCCUGGAGGCCUCUCCACACUCCUCGGCCACCGGCGUCCGAACCAGGGCCAAAACCCUAGCCUUGCAGCGCCUCCGGAGACCCUCCCAUCCGCCGCCCGCCGUCGCGCCGAGCCUGGACGCCUCCUCUUGUCCCUUCUCGUACCUACAGCUCCGGAGCCGGAGGCUCCGGAAACCGUGUCUCGCGCGGGCGCCCUCGGGAGCGAGGAAAGGCGUGGAACCGGUGGGGAGGAGACGGGCGGGGAGCGGUUCGUGGGGGAGCUGCGACGCUUCGUGCUCGGCGAGGACGGCGUCGCUGAGCGGUGGGGUGGAGGGAGAAAGAGGGCGCAUCGGUCGGAGUGACAGGGGAAAUGGGGAGGAGUGUGGCCGCGACGCGGGUGUCGACGCGUCUUUUGGAGAGAACGAUUUGGAGAUUGGAGACAGAGACAGGAGCACAAGGGAAAGCACGCCGUGCAGCUUGAUGAGGGACUUGAACGCAAACACGCCACCCGGUUCAACCACAAGACAGCAGAGCUUGAGCACUGCUCACAGAACUCAAAUGAGCAUACUUAGAAGCAUCCCGGCCUCAGAUGAGAUGGAGGAAUUCUUUGCCUGUGCCGAGCGACGACAACAAAGAUCAUUCCUUGAGAAAUACAACUUUGAUAUAGUCAGGGAUCUUCCCCUCCCGGGUCGUUUUGAAUGGGCGCAAGUAAUUCCAUGAGGUUAUAUUGAAGCAGGAUGGUUAUUAGAGCCUAAUAUGUAACAUGACAGAGGAGGAGCACACUAACCGGAUAAUGGAUCAAAAUCCCUUUGACGAUGUCUGAAGAGCCGUGAUCCAUGAGUAGAUUAGGGAUUUACCUUUUUAGAUGCUAACACCAUUGUAAUCUGUUGAGAAAGGAUAAUACACCCACUGGUACAUAACUUGUUUCUUCAGUAUAUGCUCUUUUCUCCUGUUGUCUAUAUAUUAAAAGUGCUAUGCUUUGUCGAUGUACGAA